AUGGGUCGAGGGAGAGCUCCUUGCUGCCAAAAGGUAGGCCUAAACAAGGGCUCGUGGACGCUCGAGGAGGACCGCCGCCUCAUCGCCUAUAUUCACAAGAAUGGCUAUGGAAACUGGCGAGCACUUCCUAAGCAAGCAGGCUUAUUGCGUUGUGGUAAGAGUUGUCGUCUUCGAUGGAUCAACUAUCUUCGCCCUGACAUCAAGCGCGGAAACUUCACGAAGGAGGAAGAAGACACCAUCAUCAACCUCCAUGAAUUGCUUGGAAACAAGUGGUCUAAGAUUGCAGCAUGCUUGCCGGGGAGAACUGACAAUGAGAUUAAGAACGUGUGGAACACACACCUCAAAAAACAUCUCAAGCUCAAAACCCCAACACCACCACCACCACCACUGCCAACCAGUAUGACCAAAGCGCAUGAGGACUCUUUAAGUCCCACUUCCGCUUAUACAAUUUCUCACGAAACUAGUAGCAGUAGCACCAAUGGAUUAGAGAUGAUACCCAUCGAGCCACACUUCUACAUGCUGGAUAUAUUAGGUGAUGUCUCUAUGUCAACACCAUCAUCAUUGAUGACGACGACGACAAAUCAUACAAAUAACAACCUUGAAAUCCCUACGAAACAGUGCCAACAAUGGUUGGCCGAUUUAGAAAUAGAGUUAGGGUUAUAUGUAGACGGUGACGAUGAUAGUGACGAGAUUACAAAGAGGGUGGAGGUGAUGGUAAGAGAGGGAGGAGAUCCGGUGAGGAAUUAUUUUCAUAGGGAGGCUUCCUCCCCAUCCACUAUAGACCAAGUUGAUUUUAACUCUCUUAAUUCAUUGUCUUGGACUAAGUUUGUUGACUUUGAAUUGAAUGAGUCCACAUCAUAA